AUCGCGGUUUCUCAUUUUUGUUCUUGCAGCAUUGCGAUUAUCUUUUUCUUUAUCUCCUUCCUUGUCCUUGUACUUGAUGUGGUAUUUCAGUAAAGUCUUUGUCUUCGAAGAGAUAACUUUGCCACUGCUAGUACCCCAAUUUGUGUACAGCCCCAAUUUGUGGAUAGAAUAUGAAUCAAUGGUUUUUCUUGAAUAAGGUGGAGGUAAGGAAUAUCUAUAUCAUCUCUUGAUUCAUCAUCUCUUGCUUUUGUAAUUGUUGGUAGAUCACAGGAAGACUACUUGUGCAAUAUACAAUAAAUGAAAAAAUAUCACGUCCCAAGUCGUGGUACGCCGAGGCCGAACAACUCAGACCACACCAGCUAGCAGGUUUGGCAUUCAAAUUAGCAAGGGUUAUUUCGAGGAGUUAGCAUGGCUCUCGUAAGCGUUCAUAGUACCUCCAAGAUCAUGAAGAUUUAGAUUUUCCGCUUUUUUAUCAGGAAUAAUCAAAGCCAAAUUCGGUGGAUACUCAACUACAUGACGGGAAUUUUAUGUGUACAGACAUCAUGUAACAGACCAUCGAUAAAGAUCAUCUAGAUCUAGCACAAGAAGCAUAUCUUAUCUGCUGUAGCAGCCCGAGCACAUAGUAGAGUGCCUGACGAGCUGUCGGCUACUUUCACAAAUAGCAGCAACGUUUCAUGAUCUUGAUUAAAUCUCAUCUUGGUUGCAAGCAGGCGUAUACCUUUCCAUCCGAAAACCAACCCCAGCACUUAGAUUUUGAUGAAACAAGAAUAGAAGCUCACUUUCCACUCAACAUAAUGGUAAUAACGUCCCAUGGUUGAAGAUAUAGUUGCCUUGCUCUAGCUCUCGCACGAAGAUGAGGCAGCGCGGGAGGCUCCUGUUCUUGGUCUUUGUGCAGUCGUCUUACUCCGAUCGGUGACUAAUGAAUACCUGUACAUGAGAGAUUGAGAUUGCUUGAGAGUGCAGAUGAACUCCACUCUGUGAAUCUAGAAGAGAUUGUAUAAAGUACCGAUUGUUCCUGGUGUAUGAGAAUGAGCUUGUUGGUUGUCGGUGAUCCAUUAGCAUUACAUCGUAAUCGGUUAUCUCUUUCCCUCUCUGUCAUGUCAUCUGUACCUUUUAUGACCUUGUUCUGAAUCGGUGCUUAAGUCAAUAUCGAGCUUACCUGGUCCUCUCGCCCGCGAUACAGCAUCAUUUGGCAGCUUUCGUAACACCCACCUUCCGCUCAAACAAAAACAUUCAUCCACGCCUGUCGCUUGCAACCUAUCCCUAGCUUGUACUUGUUUACGCGACAUUAUUGUUCUUUCAAUCGUUGUAUGCCUUAUAAUUCAAUUGCAAAUGCAGGCCUGCCACCCAGACGUGGUGAUUCUUGUGCUUCUUGGUUAUCUUCUUUGCACCUUUUCACUCCUCUUCUUCAAAAAACGCAAAGAAUGUUGAGAAGUGCGAUCAGGAGGCAGAUACUGGUAGGUUCAAUCUGCUAAGCAGGUGCAAGUAGAUCAUGUUUGAUGUCGAUCGAUAAUAUUGAGUAGGUCUUUUUUUAGAAAUAUUACAACGUUUUAACAACGGCAGACGCAGAUUUACCUUUGAAUAUCACCGAUUUGUGUAUCCGAUUUCAUCAGAUACAUCUUCACGUGAUAUUUUUCGAGUACGUAGCUCUAGCUAUUACUGGUAAUACUAUUUGAAGAUAAUGAUAACUGGUAUCAUUUAGAAAAUCAAGGAAGCGAAAUGCCUCCCCAAUCAGCGAAAAUGUCCUUGCAAGGCAGACGGGAAUACCAUGCAACCUUACAGUCUGCCACUCGACCGACCUCGGGGGAAAACCGCGAACCACGCGACACAAGAACGACAACUCAAAAUCCAGGCUAUUCUGUAUAUCUAAGGCGAGGCCAUAACCACUAGAUCAUGAAGAUAUCAAUUUUUCUCUUCCUUCUUGGAAGCAUAGUCAAUAUGCCAUAUUGCAUGAAGAGCGAUUCAGUGAAUCUUCGUUCUCUUCUAGAAGUAACGAUAACGACAUUCUGCUACUGCCUACUUCUAUGUAUAAUACCUGCUUCUUCCGCUUCCGCACCAAUCUUAUCUCUCCAAAUACAACUACUCAAGUGCUGGUACACGUAUUCUCAACCAAUUUUCAUCUGCUCCAGUACUUACACGUCCUCUCCUCUCGUCAACAUCUCCUUUAGUACGAACACGAGCGCGUCUCAUCUUGUUGUAGUUGUCAACAUGCAUCUUCUAAUUUUGCGUGGUGAUCCUCGCAAUACAGGGAGAACAACAACUCUCGCUCGCAAGCCAAGACAUGCGACAUCGUCCGCUGUAGAGGCAUCGUGCUAUGAAAAGUGUUGUAUGUGCGCAUGCUGUCCCUUUGGUGGUGGAUUGUCGAAUAAACAGGAGACCGCCGAACCGACAGACCGAGAAACGGUUGUUCGCGAUUCAGAUUUUGUGCUAUGGAAAAGUAGCGCUUAGAUUGCUUAGUAGAUUAAACAAGUGCAUGGUAAUACCACUUGUACUUCUUUUUACAACAACUAUUUGCAACCUGUUACCUCAAGUUGAGCAUACGGAUACUAAGAUCUAUUCCACUGGCUAGUGCCUUAUCACUGAUUUCAGUCAUUCCUCUUUUUCUGCUCGCCCUACUUUUCUUCGUCUUCCUUCAUUUAGUGUGUCCGCUGAUGGCAUGCAAUACGCGGAUGAAGCGGAUGAUCUCGAGUCGGCGAGACGCAACAAGAAAAAGCGUAACAUGACAAAUUAUGGCACUCUUGUUUUCGAGGGGGCUGACGGCGAGCAGAGGAGCACUACAAAUAAAAGCACAAAUAAAUCAGGACUUAUUUUUGGUGCGGGGUCCUCGUCAACUACAUCGAAGAACUACGGGAAUGCGACGUUCUCUGGUGAAAAUUCGUCGUUGGUUGGUGCACCAGUUCAAGUGAAAACUUCAGUAGAAUCUGAAGGCUUAGACGAUGUAGCAGAGCAGUUGUUGCAGUGGCGACGCGAGCAGGCAAAGCCUCGCGCGCAUCUUUCUUUAUGAAUCAAUGUUGCAUGCUUGUGCUGUCGUUUGUGAUGUAAUGUUUUAAUAUUUUUUCGCGAAGAAGAAGAAGAAGAUAAUGGAAGGAAAAAAAAAUUAUACUUGCGAGGCUUACUUGCUUCAACUUCUGGAAUCUUGUAAAAUGGAAAUGCGUAGUUCAGGCGAAGUUUUAUGUGCAAGAACUAAGUACUUACUACAACAACAUGCAGCUGCAGCUUGAUGUGGAGAACUUGUAGCAACAUGUAGGUGCAGGAAGUCCAUGCUUGCAGAUCCUAGAUUCGGUUUCUUUCCAACCUGUAAACACCACUAGAAACUUCCUACACGGUUCUAAGAGGUUACUCCUCACGUGUCACGAGGUCACAGUCACACCUUCGCUCGUUAUAUAAAGGGCCGACUCUAGUCAUAACCUUACAAGCAUGGAUGGCCUCCACCUUCACACCAGUAUCGAGCGAAAGCCCUCCUCUUCUAAAAAGAGCCUCGUCUGAUACUGAUCACUAUAGUAAUUUUGCCCCGAUGAAGAUGAGUCAUAUAGAGGAUCAUGAAGAAGAAGAUAAUCAAGUGGACGCUGGGGGAAGCGGCAGUUCCUUACUCGAGUUUGACGGAGAGGAUGACGACGACGAAAAUGAUGUACAGCCUCCAGGCGAUGACCUGGACCAUAUGGAAAAACAAUUCAGGGAGUUCCAACUCCACCAUCACCAGCUUAAGGAGGAAGUAGAUGUUGGUUAUUGUUGUAGUUGUUGUUAG